AUGACAGGCGCUACGGUGGCCGGAUGGCACGGUGGGCAAUACGAUGGUGUUGCCGGGUGGCACGGUGGGCAAUACGAUGCUGUGGCCAGGUGGCACGGUGGGCACUUCGACGCUAUGGCCGGGUGGCACGGUGGUCAAGACGAUGCUGAGGCCAGGUGGCACGGUGGGCAAGGCGAUGCGGUGGCCAGGUGGUACGGUGGGCACGGCGAUUCGGUGGCCAGGUGGUACGGUGGGCACGGCGAUUCGGUGGCCAGGUGGUACGGUGGGCACGGCGAUUCGGUGGCCAGGUGGUACGGUGGGCACGGCGAUUCGGUGGCCAGGUGGUACGGUGGGCACGGCGAUUCGGUGGCCAGGUGGUACGGUGGGCACGGCGAUUCGGUGGCCAGGUGGUACGGUGGGCACGGCGAUUCGGUGGCCAGGUGGUACGGUGGUCAAGGCGAUUCAGUGGCCGGAACUUUCACAGUGAUAUCUUUCCACGGGAUAACAAAUGGCGGCUACAGUUUCUUCCACAACGGCCUUCCAAGCAAUGGCGGCUCGGUUGUAUGGCUUUCCGGACAAUAG